CCUUCGUUUGGGAGGCCCUCUCCUACCGUACAAGAACUAUACGUAGUAGCACAUUGUAGAUCGUCUGGAAUCGAACGAGCCUUGUAUGUACGUAGAGUGCAAGGCCAACAGAGGCCGGAUGCGCCUCCCUUUCAGUUCGGCUCGUCGGGAAAGAAGUCAAUGAGUGAGUGUGAGAGUGUCGGGGAAAAGGGAACACACUCUCUGGGAUGAAAAAGCUGGGACGGGGGAGGAGCCAUUCGCUUCCCGGAUUCCUCACCAUCAUCAUCAUCACCAUCAUCGUCUUCAGGGAGCAAUCGCCAAGUGAUUGGGUUGGCGACCAAAUUCCAACCACUUUUGGUUCGUUUUGACACCGUUGUGCCGCAAAAAUAUUUUGCUUUGACCUUCAGCGUCAACGAGUGAGUUAUGGUGCAUGUGUGUGUGUGUCUGUUCUAGAGAGAUAGUUGUGGCUGAAUAUGGGAAAAAGUGAACGGUCGGCCUUGGCAAAGUUUGGAACUUUGAAAUUGAUUGGGAACCUAGGUUAGAGUGCCGGUUCCGACUUUCUUCCCUCUGACUUCAACGGGGGACAAGGGCUUCCGCAUUGGGGAACAUGUAACGAGUGUCGAGGGAUUUCUGACAAAUUUUUCCCUGCUCCCUUCGACACAAAUCCAGGGGAUUGAGAUCUAGCUCAGAAAAGAAGUUGGAAUUCCAUUCAAAGCCUCACAAUGGCCGUGGAACUGGAUGGAAAGGCUGUGCUAGCUAGCCUGGAUUUCUUGGGACCUUGGGAAACUAAUCAAACCGACUUCGACAACGGGGCGUUCAAUGAAAGCCAUCAUCUGUAUGAGAAUGAUUGGACUCAUACUCUCAUGCAUCCGUGUGAUGCCUACAUUAACAAUAUGAGGUCGGAGAACCAAACAGAUUUAUUCGACGAGGACGUGUUCCUGAGUUUGUGCUUGGGGGACAAACGUCAUCCCUACAUAUAUUUGAUCCCACUGACCGUGGUCAAUUGCCUCAUGUUCGUCACGGGGACAAUUGGGAAUCUUCUAGUAUGUUACGUGAUUGUGCAGAGCCCUGGAAUGAGAACCUCCACGAAUUUCUUCUUGUUCUCACUUUCAAUGUCAGAUUUGACCCUCCUCUUUGUUGGUUUGCCCAACGAUCUCCACGUUUACUGGCAGCAAUAUCCUUGGAUCUUUGGCGAGCCCUUGUGCAAAAUCCGGGCUCUAGUCUCCGAAAUGACAUCCUAUUCUUCUGUGUUAACGAUCGUGGCGUUUUCCAUGGAAAGAUAUCUGGCGAUAUGUCAUCCGCUCUAUUCGUACACAAUGUCGGGUCUUCAGCGAGCCAGUAAGAUCAUUGCUGCCCUUUGGCUGUUCGCUUUGGCCUCUGCCAUUCCUUACGCCAUCUAUACCAAGGUCCACUACAUUAAUCAUCCAUUCACAAACCAAACCAUUCCUGAGUCAGCAUUCUGUACGAUCCAACCGACACCUACGUUUCUAUUCGAGUUCUCAUCAUUCCUGUUCUUCAUUAUCCCGAUGACCAUCAUGAUCUUCUUGUAUGUUCGAAUGGGGUUCCGGAUACGACAGACAGCCACCUUUGGCAGGAACACGGCUGUCCACGGCGAGAGUAGAAGUGUUCAGUCCAAGAAGGCCAUUCUCAAGAUGCUGGCGGCCGUGGUGUUUGCUUUCUUCAUUUGUUGGGCACCGUUCCAUGCUCAACGUUUGCUGUAUGUGGUGUUCUAUGAGUAUAAGUGGAAAUUUGUGUCCGAAGAAGUGUACCAGCAAAUCAACGAGAAGCUGUUCUAUGUUACUGGAUGUUUCUACUAUUUCUCGUCUACCGUCAAUCCCAUUUUGUACAAUGUGAUGUCCGUUAAAUACAGAAAUGCAUUCAAAGAGACUUUAUGUGGACGUAGGUCGGAUGGUGGCAAUCCGCUCUUCACCUCCUACAACCCCGGUCCAGGUGGAGGAGGUGUGGUCUCCUAUCGGCGAGAAUCCAAUGCUUACAGUACCACGCUGGCCAAUUCCACUCGGAAUGGUCACAUCUCCUAUGGGAAGCAAAUGAGCUCUCGUCACCUGAGUGUGUAUGACCCUUAUGGAAGCCGAGAGAUCGAAAAAAACAGCAAUGGCCGGGGUCAACGGCCUCGACGCCAUAGUCUUAUUACCGAGGGUGGUCAAAACUCAAUUAGGGGUGCUAGACGGGAACCCUCAGAUAGCCGAACGCCCUCAGGAAGCUCCGUGUUCGCCCCAUCCUUACGAAAUCAAUCGGAGACCUCGUUUGUGGAUAAGAAUGGGGACGGAUUAAAGAUCGUGGUGGAAAGCGAGUCCUUCCGAACCUAGCUCAUUUCGAGUCCUUUUCCGAUAGUCUGAAUGUGAUGUCACCACCUCAAAAAAACAGAAUGUUGAGGACAGCCCUUCCUCUUCGUUGCAAGAAAUUUCUCCGCUGAACGAGAUUAUUGUGUUUACGUAUCGACAAUGUUCAUAUAACACUAUAUAAAGAUAUAUUUACAAAAUUAAAGAUCAUUGCUGUUAAAUCAAAUAAAACUGUUGUUUACCGUUUCGA